AAUAGAAACGUACAAAAAUAUGAGAUUCCACCACGUGUAGCAGUAGCAAUAGCACAACGCUACCACCACAAUAUUUUAUGAAACGUAGGCAGAACACUGACCACUUGGUUUGUGGUAGUCACUUCUCACAACCAUCUUUUGUCUGUUCGUAUCAUCCGGCCAAAUCCUGUGGUGCCAGUGCCAAUAUACACCGCCGACUUCAAAGUUCAAACUGAACCACUAAGUUCGAGUAUUGGGUUUUCAUCGUAAUCUUCAAAUCAUUGAGAGACCCAGUUGAGAUAUUCCAUUUUCCUUUUGUGGGUGAUCUUUGUUUUUCCAAAUUAUGGCGUCUGCGAUGCUUAAUGGAGCCGAGAACCUCACUCUGCUAAGAGGAAUAACCCCAAAUGGAUUGGGUUUUCGGGGUUCAGAUUUUCAUGGGAAACAUUUUCCCAAGCUGGGUUUGGUUUGUAGUACUAGAAUCUCCAAAUCUGGUACCAGAGCCAUUGUGCCCAAAUGCAGCCUUUCAGCUUCUAGGCCAGCUUCACAACCUAGGUUCAUUCAGAACAAGAAAGAGGCGUUUUGGUUCUAUAGGUUUCUCUCGAUUGUGUAUGACCAUGUUAUAAACCCUGGCCAUUGGACUGAGGACAUGAGAGAUGACGCACUUGAGCCAGCAGAUUUGAACAACAGGAAUAUGAUUGUCGUAGAUGUUGGUGGUGGGACUGGUUUCACUACUUUGGGUAUAGUUAAGCAUGUGGAUGCCAAAAAUGUGACCAUUUUGGACCAGUCACCUCAUCAGCUUGCUAAGGCUAAGCAGAAGGAGCCCUUGAAGGAGUGCAAGAUUAUUGAGGGGGAUGCUGAGGACUUACCCUUCCGUACUGAUUAUGCUGAUAGAUAUGUAUCUGCAGGAAGUAUUGAGUAUUGGCCAGACCCACAGCGUGGAAUCAAAGAAGCAUACAGGGUCUUGAAACUUGGAGGAAAAGCAUGCUUGAUUGGUCCUGUGUAUCCAACAUUCUGGUUAUCUCGCUUCUUUGCUGAUGUGUGGAUGCUCUUUCCAAAGGAGGAAGAGUAUAUUGAUUGGUUCCAAAAGGCAGGUUUUAAGGAUGUGCAACUGAAAAGGAUUGGCCCAAAGUGGUACCGUGGGGUUCGCCGCCAUGGUUUGAUCAUGGGAUGUUCUGUUACAGGUGUUAAACCUGCAUCAGGAGAUUCUCCUCUUCAGCUUGGUCCGAAAGUAGAAGAAGAAGAAAAGCCAGUAAAUCCAUUUGUGUUCUUUCUACGCUUCUUGUUGGGGUCCUUGGCAGGGAUGUACUAUGUGCUGGUGCCUAUUUACAUGUGGCUAAAAGAUCUAAUUGUACCAAAAGGCCAACCUAUCUGAGGGUGAAUGUCUUUUUGCUGUCUCGUUCGAACACCAUGCUAUGCCGUUGAAGUUUUUUCUUUUCACUUUUUAACUGGCCAGCUACCCCCAUUUCUCGUUCUUCCUACUCAAAAUUUUAGGAAUUUAAUCGUUCAUAAGAAGCUGGAUUGGUGGUUAAAUUAUCUAAUCUUUUGUAAUGUAAAAUGGGCCAUUUAAAAUC